GGUUUAAUUCAGUAAGUACAAAUUUCGUGUCAGAUGUAUUUUUGAAAUGUUGAGAUUAAAUUUUGGUUUGUUUAUCUUGGCGAUUGCCAGCCAAAGUGCCGUAAGUGUCAACCGCAAAGAAUCUCUGUUGCAGGAAACACAAGCGGCAAAUUUGAGUGCAACAAGUCAGAGUCCGGAUGAUCUAUUAGCCGCGGCCAACAAUCAGAGCUGGGGCAUGCAGCUAUUUGCACCGAAGGCGUUUUUACGACCACGACUAACCACAAAGUUUGUGCAGCUUUUCGCACAGCACGUUGGCGGGGCAGAGACGACGAAAGGGGGCGGCUAUGCGGCAAAGAAGGCGGAAGGUGUCGACGCCAGAAAAGGCAGCAAUGCAACAGAGAAGGCAACAGACAAGGCGCCAGUUGGCAAUGCAACAGAGAAGGCGAGAGCAGGGAAACCGGGAGGCGCCGAUGCGGCUGCAAAGGCGGCCGGAAGGGCGGGAGGAGGAGGAGGAGGCGGCCGCGCGGCAGAUAAACUGGAAGUGGUCCGUGCCCGAGCUGGCGGUAGCUACCAAACCAACAAGCUGUGGGGCGAGGUGACCGUCUCGAUGCCGAGGUUCAGACAGAACGAAAAGGGCGACUGGGUGUACCAUUAUUGGGGCGCUACCUAUGGCAAAGUCUGGCAAGAUACGCGCUUCGGCAUCCACAGAGCUCGCACAAUUCAACGGCUGCGGAUCGACUCGUUGGCAAUGCGCGAAUAUUAUCCCGAUGGCACGCUCGCUGAGGUGUGUUUGGGCAGGACAACAAUAUAUAAUAGGCCGCAGGUGACAAAUUAUCUGAUCAGGCGACAUUAUUGGUUCGGAAUAAAACAUAGGCCAAUCUGGGAGGCCCUCAGAAGGCAGAUUCACACUCAAGGCAAUGCCGAGGAGUGUCACGUUAAGGACAAGUAUCCAAAGUUCAGAGAAUUUCAGGAGUGCCAAAUUAGGCGGCACAUGCGAUUGGAAUAUUUGAUACCGAAAUAUCCAUUACACCAGCGCGAUCAUCGAUGAUUGCCGUCGAGUUGUGGUUCAUGGUGUCCUGCGACUAAACGGAUGCUCAAUGAAGCUCAAAUCCUUGCGGCCGGGCGAC